UCCAAUACGCCUCUCAAAUGCUUGAAGACGAGAAGAUCCAUGUUAAUCAAGAAAGCCAUCAUAACAUUGAUUCUUUAGAAACUCCAGCAUAUAUGGAUUUUAAACUUACAUCAGUAGCAAAGAGUAUUGAAGGAACUAAACAUCAUAUUUUAAAGUUUCAUUCUACAAGAAUGAUUGAUCCCCUGACAGAUUUUACACCCCCAGUUCGUUUACAUAGAAAAGAUCCAAUGUCAACAGUAGGAAUACAAGAAUCUAUGUCAGAAACGGGAUCAAAAAAUAAUAGUCAAGAAACAGUAUCAUCAGGAACGACACAAAGCACAAAAACAAAUAUUUUUAAGAAGAAAACAAGACAAGGUUAUAGGAUAAAUAAGGCAGAAUGGAUAUUAAGACAAGAAGAACGAGUUCCAUGGGUUUUAGAGGAUUUUGAUGGACGGAAUACAUGGAUUGGAACAAUGGAGGGAGGACAAUCUCAUAACUAUGUUUUUUUUGUAUUUGCAGAAAAUGGAUUCAAAGUGGUUCCAGCGAAUAAAUACUAUCGAUUUAAUCAAAAAAGUCGCUAUCAAACUUUGUCUAUUGACGAAGCAGAAGCUAAAAUGAACAAACGUAUUAUUGUUCCUCGCUGGUUUAUGAAGAAAGAGAUAAAAGAAAAUAAUCAUGAAGAAUAUCCAUCAGGGCCUAUAUAUAGGUUAAGGACAGUUGCAUCUCAAAGAAAAUCAGAAUUAAAUGGAGAUCGUGAUGGUUAUGAAGAAUUAGACUUUAAUGAAGAGUUUGCAGAUGAUGAAGAAACACCAUUUAUUGAAGGAAAUGAAGAGGACAAUAGAGAACUAGAAGAAAGAAUCAAACGAGAAAUGCGAUCAGCAAAUUUAUUAGAAGAUGAGAAUAAAUAUAUGAGCGAAAAUUCAUACGAUGAAAAAAGAAGAAUGGAUAAGGAAGGAAGGAAAAUGAGAAAAUAUUUAACUUAUCAUGAAAAAAACCAUAUAUACGAAACUGAUGAGGAGAAUAAUCCAUAUGUAUCAGAAGAUGAUACGGAUUCUGAUACAUCUAAUUUUCAAAGGGGAAAUCUGGUAAAACAAGAAAAAAUAAUUAAAGAUAAAAAAAAACAGCAAUUACAAGAUAACGCUAUACAAAGCGAUUUCAAUACUAACAAAAACUUUUCGAUAGUCUCUAAAGCAUUAUCUACAGAAGUAUCAAAUAGUUUAUCUAAUGAUUUCACAAAACAUUUGGCACUAUCUAGUGCUUUGAAAACACAAAAGCAGGACUAUUUUCAUUCUAUUGGUCCUACUAGACCAUAUCUUAUUACGCUAAAAUUACCAAAACAACAUUUAAUUUCAUAUGCGAAUUCUUUCCAAUCAUCUUUAUCAUCUCCCAGAGAAACUUCUCCAGAACGUAAUAAACGACGUAAACUAGAUUCAGAUGUAAAUAAUUUAGAAGAUUCGUCAAACCUUAGUUCUAGCGAUUCUACUAGAAAGAUAAAAAUUCGAACGAUAAAUAAUUUGCAAGAUCAUAAUUUAAAUUCUCCUCUAAGUCCGAAUUCAGGAAGUGAUACACAUAAUACUGCGGAAUCUACAUCUAAUGAUUCUUAUUUAGUAACUGAGGAAGAAUUGAAAAAUGCUAUACAAUCCAGAAAAAUGAAUGCGAAGGAGCUUCUCAAAUCAUUUAAACCACAAUUAGAAAUGAAUUCAAAAAAUCGUGAUCUUAUACUUGAACUUGUAACACGAAUAGCAAAAAUGGAAAACGGAUAUCUUGUACUUAAAAAUUAA